AUGGCAGCCGAGGAGGCGAAACCGUUCCGGCGGCCCAAGUGGUGCACUGCUCCUCGCAGUCCCGAGAGGCACAAGCAGGUCGUCCGCGCCAUGGGCAACCACGAGGCGGGGCCCUCCAGCUGGGACCUGCUGGACAAAGCCGUCUACACCAUCGGCCGCAACGACACAGCCGACUUCCAAGUGAAGGGAGAGCUCGUCUCUCGUGUACACGCCGCUGUCCUGCAGGACGUGAACGGCCAGCGCUUUCUCGUGGACCUCAAGUCCACGCAGGGCACCUUCCUGGACUCCAAGAGGUUAAAGCCGCACGAGCCGGUACCUUGGCCAGAAGGGAAGUUGGCGUCUUUCGGCUUCGGGCCAAAGGCCGUGUUCAUGGUCCUGGGGAGCGUGGAGGCCGAGGGUUCCCAGCCUCCACCAAAGAAGCAGCGGACUGCAGAAAACAGCGGGGAGGAGCCUGACGUCAAGGUCGAGGCUCCCCCGUCUGGAGAUCCAAUGGCGGCACUCUACGGAGACCUGCCAGAGGCCGCUGUGGUGGAAGCGCCCAAGGUCGUGGAGGUAAAGCACCAGCCGCUUCCACCUCCAGCCAAGGACCCCACGAAGGUCAUUUUCCUGGACAUUGCCGCCUUGCAGACAUGGGUAAGCAGAGAUUUGAGAUUGGUGCAGGUUCUAAGCAGGAUCCGGGAAUGGAAUGCCGAUUUCAUCACCGGCAUCCAUCUGUACGGCAAAACCGGUGCCAUUGGCAACAGCACCAGCGCCUUUGCAGUGCAACUGGAGACAACCUCGACGCUGAUGACCACAGUCGCCCCGUCCGUGCUAACGACGCUCACAUCGAGGCCCACCUCUACGACUUCCGUGCUGCCCGUCGUCAAAACGACGACCACCACUGCGAAGAAAGCUCCUCCAAAGAGCGGUUCGCUGUGCACUGCAAACCGGGAAUGUGGGAACUGGGUAAGGAUGACAGCACCUCGAACACAGACUCAGCCAAUUGGAGGUCACCCUGCUUUUCGGAAUAAGCAUAUCGUAAUGAUCGGAGACUCACGGAUGCGAUACCAAUACAUGUCCCUGGCGUACUUCUUCACUGCUGGUGCCUGGGCCACGGGCGACGAUUUGUAUUUGCUGAUUAGCGCCGAGAAGUGCGGAAAGAACUGGCACACCUGGUUCAAUCUCACGAACCACCUUCUGAAAUACGAGCUGUGCAAUUGCUAUCGGCCGCAGGGCGGCAUGCAGGAUACUGUGGAACACCGGUACUACCGGAAUCCUAACAAUAUGGUUGCAAUCACCUACCUGCAGAAAUUUGGGGAGGCCUUCCUUCCGCUGAGGGGUCACUGGCAUGUAAACGGCACAAACAUUGACCUCUGCAACUGUCAGUGCGGUCCAAAUAGGUGCCAUCCGGCUAUAGAGACUCCCAAAUGGUCUGCAAAAGACAUGGUCGAGCUCGGACAGGUCGUCUCGAAUCUGAGACCGGACUAUGUGGUGUUCCAUCCGGGCUGGGAGGAGAUUGUGGGCUGGAAGACCGAAGAAGUGGCCAAGUUCUUUUCGCUGGUCCAAGAGUCGAAUCCGUCCGCGCAGCUCUACUUCAAAACCCGUCUCCUGCGAUCCAACGACCAGCACGAACCCUUCCUCGCAUGGGCAAACAAGUACUACAAGGACUUGUACAAAAACCUGAAGUUUGCAGAGCACGGCUGGCAUAUGUGGGACGUGUCGAACAUGACGGCGUCCUGGAAGGCUAAUGACAGCAAGGCUACCUUCAUGUGGGAUCAGUAUCACUAUGACCUCCGAUCGAACAACGCACUGAACAGGAACAUGUUGAAGACUCUAUUUGGUGUCGAUGUCCGGAAACUUACGUGA